AUGUUCCAUUACCCGGCAUUGAUUCAGAAGAUUAAGAACUCGCAAUCUGCACCACCUCAGAGACGCGACGACGACAAGUCCGCUUCUUACGAGCGUGACACCCCGGGUUUAAUUGAUGAGCCCUUUGCUAAUUUGCUAGAUUGGGGAAGCAGUGGCAAUUACUUUGCUCUUGCGAUUCAGGAUUACCUGCUGUUAUGGGAAGGAGAUUAUUUAGAUAAUGAUGCUGCGGGCGUGAUUUCUGUUUCGGAUGAUGAGAUUAUAAAGGGUGUGAAAUGGUCACGUGAUGGAUUGCAUCUUGCUAUCGGGACUGAUCAUGGUAGGCUGUUAAUAUGGAGUCUAAUUGAAGAAAGAUUGGUAUCGGGGUUUGAUGAGCACAAUACUACUGUCAGAGAACUUGCCUGGCGUUCAACAAUUGACUGCACCUACUCGAUUGCCACGGAUGGGGUUGUAGGUGACUGUACUGUUAAGUUUUGUGAUACCCCGGAAAGGAAUGAGAUUGGAUCGUUGUGUGGAUACUGGAGCCCGGAUGGAUACUCUGUUGCAACAGCAGCUCCAGAUGACGCCUUUUGGGUUUGGAGCAUUGUUUUUGGUUCUCCAACUCAAAGUGGCAAGAAAAGGAAGCGAGAGCUGGAGCCUUAUGCUGAUUUCUCUGUCUUCAGGAUUGUGUAG